CUUUAUUUAGUUUUGUUAAUAACAGAAUCGGUAAUAUAACUUAUUAUUUUAUGCGGGUUUUUAUUAAUUUAUAUGUCCGCGAAUGGGAGGAAACAGGAACAAGUGGAGAGGAGCAAGUUUCAGAGAGCAAAUUUCUCGGCCUUCAUGAGCAAGCCCGUGUUGAAGACUCUAGGCGUGGCCUACGGUCUAAUGUUUGCCCAACAAUUCAGCGGCAUUAACGCUAUAAUAUUCUACGGUUUAACGAUCCUCGAGGCGACGGGCGUCGGCAUGGAGUCGCAACUGGAACUGGUCAUAUUCGGCAUCGUCCAGGUGGUAGCUUGCGUGGCGGCGGCACUGUUGACCGACAAGGUUAUACUUUGAUAGGUUUAGUGUGAUGUCGAAUCAUGAUGUUUC